AUGGUAACUCCUAUCAAAGUAACAACAGUAACGGACGCAGGAACAGGUGCUGUGAUUAGUCGCACAGAAAAAAAAGGCACUCCUUAUGAAGUAUCUCGAGUAAAAGUCUCAGGAGACUCAACAGCACUCCCAAAACCUACCAUCGGCACUAGAGGCAAUGGCCCCAGUGGAAAGCCAAAGAUACACGUCAUAAAAUGUUCUUCUCGCAAGCAAGCUGAAGAAGCAGCACGAGUUGCUGGCAAAGCUAAUCCACCUAUUCACGAGACAGCUAAAAAUGGCUUUCCAGCUCAUUUUCAUCCGGCUGAUCGCUGGGGCAGAAAAAUUCAGGAUGAAACUCAUUUUGAGUAUUAUUAG